AUGGCAAAGGAUAUAAUAAGCACUUUAUCGGACUUUCUUCUGUGUCACAUUCUCUCCUUUCUCGAAGCCAAACAUGUAGUUGCCACAGCCGUUCUUUCCAAGAGGUGGAGCAAUCUCUGGCUCUACGUUCAUAUUCUCGAAUUCUAUGCUCGAUUGACGGAUGAAAACGCCAAUUUUCGCUUUAAUGACUUCGUCUACUCCGUUUUGCUCUCACGAGAUCCUGCAAUUUCUAUUAAGCGGUUCAAACUCUUCGUUGACUACGAUUGUGAAGAAGAUUUAAAUCUUCCCACUCUCGGUUUUGCCAAAUGGAUCAACUAUGUGAUACAUCGCGGUGUUCAACAUCUGGAUCUCUUUCUGGAUUUGCCGAGUAUACCUAAAUUGCCUAAUACCAUUUUCAGCUGCAAAACCCUAGUUUCUCUCGUUCUUACUUUUUUUCGUCUAGACCAUAGUUUUUCUUCCUUUCAACUUCCCUCGCUCAAAACCCUUAAUUUAGAAUUCAUAAUUAUCCCAAAAGAUCUAGAUUUUAUGUUGAUUUUAGCUGCUUGUCCGGUUCUUGAAAAUUUAUUGGUUUAUGAUCUACAGUGGCUCCAUUCUGAGGACUCUCUAAGUUGUAACAAAUGGAAAAACUUUAUCUUAAGUAACUUGAUCGAUGCAAAUGUUGAUUCCUCUUAUUUUCAUUUUCCAUUGAAAACACUUCACAAUGUACAAUAUCUCGAGAUUUCAAUUGCUAAGAUGCAUAGCUUUAGUGAUUUCAUUCCAACCUUUCAUAAUUUGACAUACCUGCACCUUAGCUGUCUCAAUUAUCGGUGGCAUUUUUUAGUAGAAGUUCUCAAACACUGCCCUAAUCUUCAAGAUCUUGACAUUGAUGAGGCUGGGGCUUAUGCAACCGAGGAAACAUGGACUAGAAAAGAUGACAAAGAAAAUUGGAUGGACCCAGAUUUUGUUCCACAAUGCCUUUCAUUACACCUCAGAAAUUGCCAUCUUCUGAACUUCUUUGGCCUACAAGGUGAGCUUUUGCUAGCAAUGUAUAUUUUGAAGAAUGCAAGGGUUUUACAAAUCAUGGAAAUUUGGAACUAUGGACAACGCGAAAUAGAAAGACUACUAGACUCAUGUCCAAGGGCUUCAUCAAUGUGUAAACUUACCGUUUAUCACUAUCCAUUUGAUGGUAGAAGUGAGGCGUCUUUGGAAGCAAGAGCAUCAUCUGAUGGUGACAGUGAUUGA